UGUAAUAACGCCAUUUUAUGUUGACAGUCGAAGAGGUUGGAGAAGGUGUGAAUUGAAAUCCGGUGUCAUCCUCCGUCUGUCUGCCAAUUCGGUGUGCGGACGAAGAUGAGUGGAGGAAUUCCGUAUCUCGGCAGCAAAAUAAGCCUCAUAUCAAAGGCUGAAAUUCGAUAUGAAGGCAUAUUGUAUACCAUUGACCCCAAUGAAUCAACUGUCGCUCUUGCCAAAGUGCGAUCAUUUGGCACAGAAGACCGACCAACAGACCGCCCAGUUGCCCCAAGAGAUGAAAUAUUUGAGUAUAUUAUUUUUCGGGGAAGUGAUAUCAAAGACCUUCAUGUGUGUGAGCCACCCAAACCUCAGCCUAUACAGGCUUUGCCACAGGACCCAGCCAUAGUAAAGUCAUCCCAACCAUGCCAACCGACUACAAGUGCCUCCUCCUUCCCUUCACAGCCAGGGUUUGGUGUGCCCAGCUACCAGCCAUUUGGAGGAGCUGCACCUUUGUAUGGAGGCUAUGGCCAGGCAGGUGCAGGGCCUCCUGGUGCCCAGCCAUUUGGUAUGCCCACUGGAGGCCAGCCAGGUUCCCGGGGCCCAACUCCCCCUAUUAGAGUAUCACCUACUAUGGAUCAAGGGGUUCAAGUUGGUUCUGGUCGUAGACCUGGUUCCAGAGGUCCAACACCUCCCCCUAGCAGGAAGUCGCCAAGUGUUGACCAGAGUUCGCAGCAUUCAGGGUCAUCUAAUAAAAUGGAUUCUGGUCGCAACCAUCAGAAUCAUCAGUACCAGAACAAUUACAACCACCAGGCAGACAAGAGGGAUGACCGAAGACGUCCCCAACAAAACCGACCACAGGGAAACAACAGAGGAAGGGGCAAUAAUAGGGGUGGCUUUGGCUUGGGACGAGGAAAUGCACGUGGUUCCUGGUCCGACAGAGGCGGUAGAGGUGGCAGAGGGAGAGGUCCAGGAAAGCCAUCUGAAACUCCACUGAAAUUUGAAGGAGAGUUUGACUUUGAAGAAGCCAAUGCUCAAUUUGACAAGGACAAAAUAGAAGAGGAGUUCAAAAAGAAAGUCACAAUUAGUGAUAAAGUUGUUAAUGGUGAUAAGGAAGGGUCAGCUGAUGAAGCAGAGCCUGAAGAAGAGCAGGAGGAUGAUAGCCAGUUCUAUGAUAAACAAAAAUCUUUCUUUGACAACAUCAGCUGUGAGGCCACUGAACGAGCAAAGGGCCGCAAUCUUAAUCGCACAAGUUGGCGAGAAGAACGCAAGUUGAAUGCAGAGACAUUUGGUGUAUCUGAAAAUCGUAGAGGCUACCGUGGCCGAGGUGGUUAUAGGGCGCGAGGUGGAUACUAUAGAGGUAGAGGGCGUGGCUAUCAAGGUCGAGGUGGAUCAGGAAGAGGUCGUAGAAACCAAGGCUGGGUAGACUAUGAUUAUAACUAUGAGGCAGCUGGUCUGGAUAGAAAAGGUGCACCAAACAAGAGACCUGUGCAGACGUAGUUGUAGACAGCUGUCCUGUAGUUCUCCCUCUGGCACAUUUGAGUUGAUGCAGGGGAAGGAAGCCUCCAAUCCAUUCUCUUCACAUGUAAUUCCUUUGUGUCAGACUGCAUCGAACAGUGGAAAGUGUACCUGUAGAGCAGCUGCUCUGUUCAUACUCCUAAUAGACCGUGUGUCCAGAGAGACGGAAUUAAACAGUGACUUGAAAGAA